AAAGAGUCGGAUACUGACUGAGCGACUUAACUUUCACUUUCACCUUAUAAAAAUUUUUUUAAAAGAAAAUUAGUAAGCGUAGAAUUUUGCAUUCACAAAACCAUCUCACUGUCUUUGAUCCUCGUUCCUUCAUUCCGUUUUUGUAAAAUUUUGUAAAAUUUCCGAGCUCCGUCUAGUGACGUUGCAUUUUCAAGUUAGCUCUACUGUGUCCCAAGAGGCCUGCAUCUAAUUUUUCCCCUAGCAUCAAGCUAUGUCUUCCUGCUAGCUGUCUCACGGGCAGGUUCCUCCCCUGGGGCUGGUGUGAGGGGGAGGCCAGGCUGAGCUCUCACCACCUACAGAUUCGACUCUGUGACAGGGGCUCCAUCAGAGAUAGCUGGACCUCCCCCUGCUGUCUCUGUAUCCUUUUGUUUCCAUUGUUGGCCGGUGGGGUGGUGGGGGUGGGGGAAAAUGGACUUGGGAUGCCUUGAGAUCCUGAGGACUUGAUCUUAAAAAUCCAAACUCACUCUACUCUCAGAGAAGUGGGGAGAGUCCCUUGCUGGAGAGAAAAAGGUCCCAGAUCUCCUGCAAUUGCCCAAAUGCAGAAGCAAGCACGCUGGCCCUCCUUCCAGAAUAUAUCCAGAGUCCAGUCGCCUCUCCUCGUUACUUGUGGCUGCCCCCCUGCUUCCAGCCAUCACUUGUCUGGAUUAUUGUAGCAGCCUCCUCGUUGGUCUCCUGCUUCGUUCUGCCUCUGUGUAACACAGUUUAUUCUCCACAAUGAAAGCAGCCACAAGGAUCCUUUUAAAACCCACACAGGCCCUGUACCGGCUGCAGGAGCAUGUGCGCCGCUCUCUGCCUGAGUUGGCCCAGCAUAAGGCUGACAUGCAGCGGUGGGAGGAGCAGAGCCAGGGAGCCAUUUACACCGUGGAGUACGCCUGCAGUGCCCUGAAGAACCUUGUCGACAGCAGGGUCUACUUCCGCAGCGUGGAGGGUCUCCUCAAACAGGCCAUCAGCAUCCGGGACCACGUGAACGCCACGGCCCAGGGCCACAGCCCCGAGGAACCACUCCCACCCUCCUCAGCCUGAUCCCGGAAGAGACUUGGAGGUGCUUUGGCCCCUCUGACCAGCCUGACCAAAGCUGGACUCUUUGACACAACCUUAUGGGACUUGGCAGGGACCGAAGACCAAGCAAGUGUGGCCAGCGCAUCCCUCCUGCCUCUGGGCCAGCCAUGAACGUUCUGAGACGAGACUUUGCUGCCCUUGGAUUCUUACCCGCCCCUCACUGGCCCUGGACAUGGCCAUGGCCCCUCGGACCAAUAACUGCUGCCACGACCACGCACCUGCUGUGUGUCCAGCUCUGUGCCGGGUACUUCACAGUGGUCAUCUUUCAUCCUCAGACAGCCCUGUAAGGGAGAUGUCACCCCAAAUACAGAUGGGAGAAGAGAGG